AUGCCUGUGACAAAUUUUUCUAUCGCUGUGCUUAUGAGCGACGUGAUGGACAAGGAAGUGCGUUUGGGGAGUGAAGACGUCGAAAAACCUUCACAGAAUGCGAACGAUGAAACGCUCACAGAUCAUCUAAAAGGGAAAACACAUGGCAGUGAAGCGACACCGCCAUCCACGAAAGACAGAAACAACGCUUUUCAACGGGAGAGCGAAAUUGACCUGAGGGAGACGACAAGCUUUCAACGAAAACGAACCAGCUUUUCAAGAUUACAACAAAGAAUGCUUGAGGCCAAAUUUCAACGUGCUCCUUAUCUUACCAUCCAGGAACGCAAUAACCUUGCUAGUUUCCUGGAAUUAAACUCGAGACAGGUCAAGGUUUGGUUCCAAAAUCGCCGAAAUAAAUGGAAACGAGAAAAUCGUGGACAAAUAUUGAUUCAGCCUUCACUAGAGAUGAAGUCUUAUGGGGCGAACAUUGGUCUUGAAAACUGUUUUUCAUGUGUCAUGUAUAACCCGUACGCAAAUUUAUAUUUGAAGGCUGAUAAAUAGGGUCAGGGUAGACAGAGGAAUGUCGGUAACAUUUAAUUAUAAGGCAGGUAAAAAAUUUACUCUUCUAAAGAGAAUAUAAUAAACGGAGCAGUAAAUGCUUCGUUGAAACAGAUGGUGGUGAAUUAAUUGUAU